AGGCUUUUAUUUGGAAAUUCCCCGGAUGCAUCGUCACUUUCCUCUCAGCUCCAUUCAUGAGAAGCCUCAUCAGCUGUCCUUCUGUCAUCGUGUAAAUUUUUCUACAAUUCAGCGUUUUGGAAUAAAUUAUGUCCUUUAAUAACAUGGCAGACCCGAGGAGACAGAACAAAAUACUAAGGUGAGUAUUUAAUGGAGAAAGAGAGGCCUCAUUCUUGAUGGGAGGAGCGAGCGGUAUUAGCUUGGGAGCUAACUGCUAACUAUUAACCUUUAACACAAUUCAUGAGCAGAGCUUAAAGGGAUUAGAGUUUAGUUUAUCAAACUGGGCUUAAAAUUAUAUUAACUAGCAAAUAUCAAGCAGGUAAUGGUCAACGCUUAAUUUUUGUUGACAUAGGCUUUCAAGUCAUUUAGUAACAGCUCAUAUCAUGAGAAAAGAUGUAUUUCCUAUCCCAGUGUUUCUCAUGCGUGUAACCCAUGUAACCCUCAGAGACCAGAUCACUUUCUUUGGCUCGUUUUUCUCCAUUUAAAUCCUGCAAAUCUUGUAUGCAAUUGUGUUUACAGCUCUAAAAGAACAGUGAGCUUGAAACAGCUUGAUAUUUCAGUGUGUUAUAGUCAUUAAUUCACACAACAGGUCCAUAAUAAUCGGCUUUUCUGAGCUUUUUGUGCAGAAAGCCAGCUUGCUUGCUAAAGGCCCUGACCCAAAUGAAAUGGAGAAACUUUUGGCUUGAUGAAGGCAAAUUAAUUAAAAAACAAAUUCUGUUACCUCUCUGUUAAAGAUGGGAUAACAUAUUGUCUCAAAAUAUAUCAAUAACUGCUGUAAUAAGUGCUGCUGUGUCACAGUAUUGUUAUAGUCAUGGCCUGUGUAUCAGGUGAAAUUCUACAACAAAGUAUGGCAAAACAAUGAUUUAACGAUACAGCAUAAUAUCUGUAGAAAGACUGUGAAAGACUUGAAACGCCCCUAAAAAUGUAAAGUGUAGGAUUGAUUGUUUUCCUACAUUUGGUUUAGUUUAACUGAAAUAAAAAAUUCUCCUAUUCCUAAUCUGCAAAUAAAUUUAGAUUAGAUGUGCAUUUUUAAUCUCUAAUUUCCACCACAUCCAGACUGGCUACGAAAAGGCCGUUUCUGACAAUUGCAGCUGAUCGUAACCAUUCAAAUUAAUGUGUUCAUUUCCACCGGCUUCUUUCUGUUCCGCUGCGGUUCGCAAGAGUUCUGUUUUGGACGCUGGAGUGUGCCGCAUAAAGUCAGCACAGAUUAACCUGUGCUGGUAAGGAAGUCGGGCACAGACUCAAAAUAAAACAUCUGGCCUCUUUUCAAAAUAAAAGGCGGUUUUUCAGGCGGAGACGAACAAGUGAAAGGUUUAUAGAUAGCAUUACUCCCCGAUGACACCACGGAUGAGAAGAUGGUGAUCAUUAAGUCCUGACAUGGAUUUUCUUCUCUGGAAGGACAUAAUUUACUGCUUAUAUGGUUAAGUGGCUGUCUUUAUAGAGACAACUUGUUUUUGCGCAAUCGCACAUAAAUCCGCAGGUUCUUGUGAGUUCUCGCGAUUCCCGCUUUCUGUAAUCUGCCAUGAAAUUUGCCUCACAAACUGAUCUGGUAGGAAUUGGCGCCAUGCCGGAUCAGAGUCGUUCAGGAUGUGGUGGAAAUUCAGGGUACAAGAGCAAGGAGAGACAGCUUCGUCCACAGGGGGGUGCCAAAAUUGACUUAAACUCAAAGUUCAUCACAAGAGCUUUAAUCUGUAUGAUUGUAUCCGAAUCAGCUUCAGCCACAGUUUUUACUGUGUUGCCUACAGUGUGUCUCAUGUAUUAUUCUAGUUUGCACCACACAAGAGUGUGUUUCAUCCUCACUGUUAAUAAAAUGGACAGUUAUUGUCAUGCAGGACUCUGCAGACUGGAGUCCAUCUCUCAACCUAUCCACUUAUUCAGGGUAGCAGUGGCGUUGGCAGACAUAGAUAUAAUAUGAAUUGCCUCUUUGCAUGUCUACGUGGCAGCCAUCUUGGUGAGGGAAUCAUUCCCAUUAAAGGCAAUGCAUGUACAAUGAAAAUAGAUCAUAACUUGCUCAUUCUCUAGCGAUUUUCAUGCAGUGUACUUUAUUGUCAAUGCCGAAUCAUGUGCUAUGAAUACGGAUCAUUUGAUUAGAAACAUUUUUAAAAAUCUAAUGUUUUGAAAUAAUAGCAAAUGUUUAGGCAUUGAAAAUUAAGUAAACCAGGUGAAAAUUGGUUGAGAAAUGAGUGGGAUAUGAUUUAUCUUUCAUGUACAUCUAGUGCCUUUAAUGGGACUGUUGCCCCUGCUAAGAUGGCUGCCACUUAGGCACGCCCAUUAGCGAGCUGCUACAGUAUGCUGCUACAGCGUGCUGGCGUAUCUAGUCUUCUAUAUAUAUAUCUGUGUUGGCAGAGCUGGAAUCUGACAGUGUAGAUAGACCACCUCAUGAGGAGGAUAUGUUUGUCUGAACUAUCUCACAGGCAUCUCUUCAUUUGUUCUUCACUGUUUAUUUUGGUUUUGUAGAUACAAGCCCCCCAGCACAGAAACCAACCCCACGCUGGAAGACCCCACGCCUGACUACAUGAACCUGCUCGGCAUGAUCUUCAGCAUGUGUGGGCUGAUGCUCAAGGUGACCUCCACACUCACACACUCACUGACUGUUUGACUCCCACCUCUCCCUCAUCCUCUGCCUCUGUGUGGUUUUAUGUGUGUCCACAAUAAAGGGAUGAACCCUAGACUUUGGUCCAGCUCCGUCAGUCCAUUUAGAAGAUUAAAGGUAAACUCAACUUUAGAUGGGAGGAUGAAGGAGAGCUUUUCACUUUGGGCACUGGAGACACAAUGAACGAGACAAAGAUGGGACAUGAGCAGGCCAGAGUGGCCUCCCAGUACAAUAGCCGAGCAGUUGUUUUAUUGGCUUACUAUGAAUCUACAGAGAGGCUUUUUUCCUCAGCUGUUUUUAAUAUUUGCCCCUCAAACCCCCAAAAUUUCUGAACUUUCACAGAAUCAGUUUAAUAAAACCUUUAAGAGAGUCAGAGGGCCUCAGAUAAUUUUUCAUUCAGCGAUCACUUGUGAAAAUGCGCAUCAGAGCUGCCCUGGUUGAUGGCUUUUGUGAUCCCACCCGUUUGUCCAGCUAACCUUUAGUUCCAUGUGUAUUUCAGCUGAAGUGGUGCGCCUGGAUCGCUGUCUACUGCUCCUUCAUCAGUUUUGCAAACUCCAGAAGCUCAGAGGACACCAAACAGAUGAUGAGCAGCUUCAUGUAAGUUUACACCGCCAUAGGUUCAAUGUCCAGGGUUUACCUUUCCUGUCCUAUCAUGGUAAAUAAAUCGUUAUCUUCUUAAACUGAACACAAAUGCAGGUAUUGUUGAGCCAUACACAGUGUUCUUGUCCCUCAUUCCAUGCUAGAAGACAAGGAUACCCUCAUUACUGUCUCCUCACUCACCAGCUUAACCUCAGUCCUGCACAGACAUUAUACUCCAGACUGUCUCCCAGCUCUCUAUCAUGCGCAGCCUAAACUAUAUGCAGAAACAAACUCAUACAAAAACACUUUGGGGCGCUUGUCACCCAGAUUUUGUUUGAUCUAAUAACCACAAAGCGGUCAAAGCUAAUUUGCCAUUUUGACCUCAAAACGAGUAAAUAUUGAUGUGUUUAAAGAUUCCUGACUCUGCCUUUGAAAACUUCUGAGCAUCUCUGCACUGCCCUCCACAGAAUGCUGCACUUUUUUAAGAAGUGCUGCAGUGAGAGGGUUAUUCCAAGGAGACUUAAGGGAAAGAUGAAAAAGAUUGAAAUAGGUGCUGCAGGAGGAAGUUCUAAUGUUAAUUCCAGUUUUGUUAAAUCUGAACAUCUGAGGCAAUUUAACAUUUGAGAUAACUGACUUUCAGUGGAAACUAUCAAGGCUACCGCUGCAGUUAGAUGUGGAGUGUUCGCCAUCUUAAACCUCAGUUCAAGAUUUAGAGAAACUGAUUUUUUGCUGAAGAAGUUUGAUCCUUUUGUUGCAACCUUUCAGAGAGCCAAGAAAAGAGCUGUUUGUUAAAGUUAGUCACAAUUUAUGCAGAUUUCAAAGUAUAGGUUUGGACUCGUGUCUGUCUGCCGCUGAGACUCGAGAUGAGCCAGCUCUAAUGUCCAAAAGCUUUUAACCGUCUGACCUCCAGAGGUGGGACAUUUCCAUUUGCUUAUAAAAAGAGUACUACAGCAGGGCAGCCGUCCAGGCCUCGCAGACAGAUUCACAAUGAGGAGAAAUCUUCUGCGCCAUCGUACAGAUGAGGUUGCAUAAAGACAAGCCUGAUGCACUCAUAGUUUCAUAAGGCAGAAUGUUUGGCUCAGCUCUUAAUGUUAGAUGAUGAACUUAACGCUGCGGGCUGGAUGCUGGUUCAAGGCCAGUUUUAGGACGUUUGUUGAUAGCCAAGAUAUGAUGUCAGCAUCACCGUGGUGUUCAACAAAGGUCAGUGCUGAUACAGGCUGAUGGAGCUGAGCCUUCAUACGUGUGAGGAUGAAUUAACCCUCUCAGGGGGCAUCACAUGGUCCAAGGGUUUUUUUUAUAGGUGCGUCUUCAUAAGCUAGAAUAUCAUCAAAAAAUUUCAGUAAAUUAAUUUAAGAAGUGAAACUCCUAUCAUGCACAGACUGAUAUAUUUCAAGAGUUUAUUUCUUCUCAUCUUGACGAUUGUAACUUCCAGCUAAUAAAAACCCAGCUUGUGAUAAAAUGUCAGCAGUAAAAAAGCUCAAAUCCUAAUCUUUAUGGCACGGUUAAAAAAUGCUUUCUUGAUUAUUUCAAAAUUUCCCUCAAAAUGAAUCCAGCGGGAAAUAAAAUCAACUUUUCCAUGAUGUCAUUUCCUCAUUUUUCUCUCUGCAGGCUCUCCAUCUCAGCUGUUGUGAUGUCAUACCUCCAGAACCCACAGCCAAUGUCGCCGCCCUGGUAACCAAGAGCCAAUCGCUGAAGAGCAGAGGAAAUUAAAUGCGGAUGUUUAAGUUGAUGAUCAAACGACUGAUUGUCCCUCCAGCUAUCAUGGAGGAAAAACAGAGACAGAUCAGAGGAUGAUACGACAGAAAUAGAGGAGGAGAGAGGAAACAGAUGAACUCUACAUCGAAAUGUUCUUCGAUUGCACUCUGAUGUUUUCCUCUUUUUUUAACCUUUUCUAUGUUUGUUUGUCAAUGAAGAUGCCAAGAUUUUUCUCUGUUUGGCUGAUCUGUUGCAGGAGGUCACAAAUAAAGUUGUUCGGUUUUAAGAGAGUCGUUCCUCCUUUCUCUUUGUUGAUGCUGCA